AUGGGGGGUGGGCUAUCAAAGGAAACAUUUGGUUUUUUAUGUAAUUUGAUUGGCGAAGAAUUACGUAAUUCUCGUAGAAGUUUCGCGAUUUCUCCAGAAAUUCAAAUUUUAGUAACAUUACGUUAUUACGCAACAGGAGCAUUUCAAGCUGUCAUUGGAGAUCAUGUGCACGUACAUAAAUCGACCAUUUGUAGAACAAUAAAACGUGUAUCACAAGCGAUUUGUCGUCUUCGAUCUCAGUUCAUUGAUUUUCCGAGAAAUGCCGAACAGAAGAACAUGAUUCAAACAGGAUUCUUCCAAUUACGUGGCUUUCCUAGGGUUAUUGGUGCCGUGGAUUGUACACACGUUAAAAUCCAGUCACCAAACGCCAACAUAGGAGAACGAUUUAGAAAUCGAAAAGGGUGGCCUGGUUCAGUCCACGAUAGCACAAUAUUUGAUAAUAGCAUGAUAAGGGCUCAAUUUGAAAAUAAUGAAUUUGGAAAUUGCUUUUUAUUGGGAGAUGGUGGAUAUCCUUGUCGUGACUAUCUAAUGACUCCUCUCCUUAAUCCUUAUACCGAGCCAGAGAAACGAUAUCAG